UGCGAUACCAUGCGAGGAUAGCGGACAGGUGCGGCGGAGUAGAGCCAUUUACCCGACACGCGCGGCACUGACGAGUCUACUCGAACGACACUCGAACAAUACACGAUAAAGAACCUCGCGUGAUUUCGAAACUGAACACGAUAAAGAACCUCCAGUAGUAACGCAUAGAGCCGAAAAUAGUAUUCUAUUUUUAAGCCGCAACAGAUGAGAAAUAAAUGUUUGAAAAUGUGUUGUGGACUGAACUUUUUGGUGAAUAGGUUACAAAUAUAGACAAAUUAACAUAAUGCAGCGUUACAGUAUGUAAAGAAGUGUAGCCGUUAUUUUCAGAUGAACACAAAGCAACAACCGCUAUGAUUUUAUAAGUAGGUGGUGAGAAUGCGGCGCUGGGGCGGAUUCGAUAACGGCGGCGGUGGCUAGCAUGGCGGCUCUGUUGUUCUUGGUGACAACCACGGCCGCCGCUAGCCUCGGCGAUCUAGCGAGACGGGAUACCGGCGACGUCUUCACAUUAAUCGGUAGCGAGUGUGGUGCGGCGCAGUGCGCGGAACACGGCGCGGGCGCAGCGGUUGUACGCGAUGCCAGUGACGUCGGUUGUGCGUGCGCGUGUCCACAGCGUGCGCCGCUCUUUCGAGAAGAUCGAGAGCUAUGCGUCGAUGAUUUGCCAGAAUGUUCUUUGGCGACCUUUGGAACUGGAAACGGCAAGCAAAGAAUUCCAUUCGUCUAUUUACCGCUUAAGGGACAAAUCAUACAUCCAUCACGAGAAAUUACUUUUCACAAUGUCAAGACACCAGUAUGUGCGGUUUCCGGAGCUCAAUUUUUAACUCGUAAAGGCUUCUUGGACUUACGUAAUACACUCGACGCUGAUGUGCCAUUUAGUUUAUUCCGGGAUGAAGGACGAACUUUUCUACAGUGGAGCGGUGAAGAUGAAAUGCGAACGCGAAUGUCUGGGCGGGUUAUGGUGGUCCGUUUGUUAUGUCGAGAUAUAUCCGCCACGCCAAUAUCACCUUUGGACUUAAGGGGUGUGUUUACUCCAUGUGUCGCUUUUCGCGUACAAGGAACACCACCAAGACAUAGCAGCAAUAUAACCGAAGUACAGUUCGCUCCAAAUGCACAGACAUCAGACGGGUCUGGUUCAUCAGGUUUAUCAGUUACAGAGUAUAUUGUAAUUGGUAUUAGUUCCUUACUUCUCGGUCUUAUAUAUGUCGCCUCUGUUUUUCUUUACUUGCAUAUAAAAAAACGACGAAAAGCAUCCGCUGAAGAGGGUAAUUUAAAAAAGCUCAAAGGAUUAAAGAAAGAUGUAUUAUCAAUAACAGAACAUGACAUAAUACGAAUUAGUAAUGAACGAGGACAAACAUUGCCAAAUUCUAUGGGCCAAGAUGAGGGAGUCAUUAAAAAAAAUCCAUUACUCAAUGCAGGACUUGGCAAUAGACAAUUUCAUGAUAAUAAAGGUUUUUCUGGUGACCUAUCUGAUUCCGAAGAUUUUGUAGAUAGUAGUUUACACAGCGAAGAAAAUUCAUUUAACAAUCAAAUAAUAUCUGCGAUGAUACACAGAAAUUCAAAAGAAAUAAGACAGCAAGGUGAUGGCUACGAAAUAAGCCAUCGAGAUGAAUCAAGCAUCGAACGUCUACCAGAUGAGCACGUUUCUAUAGUAGAAACAAUAGAGGAUCGUGAGAUCGCUAGACCAGUGGGAACAACACGACGAAAACUUUAUUUUAAUCCGGCUUACUUUGAACCACAUUUAAUGCAAGACCCACCAGCUGCUGCGAUUGAAUUUCUUUCAAAAAUUAGAGAAGUUAUUGCAAUAGCAAAACAAAAAAUGGCAGCUAAGCGCUUCAAUCCAGUGUUAAAUGAAAUACCCGAAGAGGAAACAUAUCCGUCAAAUGGCAAUAGUAUUAAUUUCUACAAUGGCUUAGGUAGUCAGCGAAGCGGUAGUAUAGUUAGUCUGAACAGAGGCAACAACAGAAAAAGAUCUUCUAACUGCUUAGGUUGUCCUGGGUGUAAAACAAAUAAUCGUAACAGCGACAUCAAAAACGUUAUUAAAUACAAUUCCACCAAUUGUUCAAACUGUCUUGGUGAUAAAGGUGACAAACAGCACAGCAUUCAAAAAUGGCUAGAAAAUAUUCCCAAUUUAAAGCAAGAUGUGUUUUACAAUGAUCAUUCUGAUGCAAGCCAUCAAAAUUUUGCUAAUUCUCAUUUCUCGCAAAUAAACAAUGAAACCACAUGUAAGCUACACAAACACAACAGUUUUUGCGCAUCUUUUAGUAUGAACUUUACAGAUGACGUAUUACCACAAAGGAGAACAACGUCUAGAUCAGUAUGCUCAGAACCUUCUUUAAGAAAUUACAACAUUCCUUUACCAAAUUUUAAUGGUCUUGAGUCCAGUACCAAUUCUUGUGAAAUAAGCUCGCAGAAAUCUGAAAGUAACAGACGAACCAGAAACACAUUGAAAAACAAAAAUGCUUUACCCGAUAUGGUCAAUGAAGCUAUAGCCCUCGAUAAUUUUUCACGGUCGCCGUAUAAUUUAAGCAGCUCAGAUGAUGAAAAAUUAACACAAAAAAUAGAGGAAAAGGUAGAAGACGCAUAUUCUAGAAAUAUUUCAGAUAGUCCUUCAGGUAAUGAGUACGAAACAGAUAGUCUAGAAAGAAAUUCAAACCAAAAACGUAAGACAACGCCAAUCGAAUAUCCUGAUCUCCCAUCAUCUCAGGCAAGUCCAAGCUUAAGCAAUGCUUUACCUUUAGAAGAAGAACUUACCAUGAGAAACGCAAUUUAUAAAACCAACUCAAGUGGUAAUAGCCUCACUCCAUCUCCCGAAGGCGAUAUAUGUAUAGACGAUGAUCAUUAUGAAACUAUAGGUAUAAAUAAAACAAAUUUACAAAAUGUUUCUACUGCUGAUUUAACUCAAAAGCCAAAUAACAGUUAUAGUUUAGUAACUGAAGUGUACGUAAACAAUAACUAUAAUUUCGAUAGUACACCUACAUCACCUAGUGGCUCUGAAUGUUCUAUGGGAAGUAGAAAAUUGAUGGCAUUAGAUAAUAUAGAGGAGAAACCAGGAUGCUUAACUAUAGAAGUAAAAGAUCCUCCAGAAAACUAUAUAAGAAUCCACGAAUCUGACGGUUUCGAACCAGAUACGUUAGAUCGUAAACAUCCAAAGCACAAAGAAAUAAUAGAAAAUAUUCAAUUUAGUCGAAGGGAUCUUUUGCAAAACAUUGGUAAUACUGAAAACAAAAGUCAACGAAUACAACUUAGAAGUAGCGGUACUUUUACUAAAAGCAACAGCAAAAUUGAAUCGAUAAAUAAGUUUAAUAGUUUGAGGAAUGACAACGACUUUCAAAGACAGAUAUUUAAUCGUACCAAACUAUCUUCCGAAAUAUAUAGCGGAUCAAAAUCUCUAGAAGAAACAACAGAUGACAAUUGGGAUAAUACGUCCGAAGAAGGUCGACUGUUAACUCUAGAACUGAGACAUUCGAAGAGACAACGUCAGUGCACCCCACCUACUAUUAAACAACUUAAAAGUUUAGCUCGCCCAGAUAUAUUGCCACCAUUACCACCAACUGAAGACAAUCCUAUUUACGAAAAACCAACAUUACCACCACGGCGCGUUCAAUGCGACAAUAUAGGCGCAGAAAUUAAUAGUGUACAUUGUAGAAGUCUCAGUCCAAGAAAAUGUAUUACAAAUACAACAGAGUCUGAUGUUUGCGGGAAUUUUUCCCAUGGUAGUUCAGCUUCUGUGCCUUCUUGUAGUCCAAUAAGAGGACCAGACCAUGCACAGUACGGCGAAUAUGAAGAUGUUAGCCUUAUAAGAAAAACACAAAACGAGACUAAAGUAGAUAAGGAAAGGAAUUCUAUAAGAACGUCAAGUUGCCGUAACGUGGGAAUUAAUACGAACACUUUUAUAAGAGGACAAAAAAGCGAACACAGAACAAAAUUUCGUCGCAAAAAGGGUUCGAACAUCGACGAUUCAGGCUAUCUCAGUAGCGAUUCGACAAGUUCAAAGCAAGUACCUAGAAAACUUGUGAUUGCUAAAAUAGCCAGUUGUAGCGAAAGUGACGGUACCGAGGACGAGGCUAGAAGUGAAUCUGGCGCUGAGAGUAUAGAAACUCACUCAGUUUAUUUCGGUAACUGUCAGAAGCAGCAAUGUGAUGAAAAGAACUCUAUUAAGAUGUUUAGUGAUAGUAAAAAAAAAGUUAAAGCUAGAAGUGAAAGCAAUAGCCAGUAAAGUUGUGCAAUAAAACUAUCAGUGUGCAAUAAUACCAAUCAUAGAAUAGUUUAAUAGUUAUAAUUGAUUAAAUAAUUAUAUAAUAGACAUUAUAAAUA